GAAUCCAUGGAAGUGGGAGAGCUUUCCCCGCCACUCCUCUUCACCCCUGUGGAGCAAGCGGUUGUGCAAAGGAGCGACGAGGGCUGCCACGUCCUGCUGCAGCCCUCAGCCCCGUGUCCCGUCCGGUUCUGACCCCCUGUCCAGGCACACUGGGAUCGCCGCGUCCACGGAAGCUCUUGGCAGCUUCCAAAGCAGCACAGGGAGCAGAGCAGUCCUGCCCAGCCACAGGGCUUAUUUUCCACUGAGGAAGGGGACGUUGCUGCUGAUCUCAUGGUCCUUGCAGGAGGUGGCUGAGCAGUGUGAGCCCUGAUUGAGCUAGGUUCCCUGCUGUGGGGAUUGCCAGGAGUAGCUGGAUGACCUUUUCUAAGAAGUGUCUCAUGGGGAAAGGAGAAGGCAGCAGGAUGGCUGUUGAGGUGCAGAGUGAAAUCCAGGCUGAAAGCUGCGAUGCUGGUCUGUGAAAUGGAGCCCCUGUAAUUUCAGCUCUCUCAUCUCUGAGAUGAGGCUCCAUGGUAUGUCCUUGGCCAAGCCUGAAGGGAAAGCUGAGGUUGAUGGGACACGUCAUUCUCCUGAGGCACCUUUCACAGUGUUCCUACCUGUGGCACAGUAAAUAGGUUCAAGAGAUGUGUGGGAAGAGAACACAGAGUAUUUACAACAGGGCAAGUCUCCUUUUCAGGACGCUGAGCAUCACUGCAGCAGAGUUACUUGAUGGACACUUUCAUCUGGAUGUGAAACCAGGGCCUGUCAACUCCGUGUAUUGAGAUCUAAAUUGGAGCUUUGAGCAGAAGGGCUGUGAAAGGGCUGCCUCACAAUAGAACAUGAGCAGGUAAUGCACAAGGAGAACCGCUGGGAAUCAUGUCGGACGAGUCAAUCUCAGGGAGUGAUCCGGACCUGGACCCGGACUUGGAGCAGGAGGAUAUGGAAGAGGAGGAGGAGGAAGAUGAGGAGGCGAUGGAGGAGGACAAUGAUGGGGAUGAUGAGGAGGACUUACUUGAUGAGAGUGACCAACCCCAGGAAGCUGUGUUCAGCAGUGACCACGUUGAGCACGCCGAGGAUGGAGAGUGGCAGCGCUCUACUUCAACUACCUCAUCGCAGAGUGAGCGGGCAGAGCGACUCUUGCAGAACCAGCACAAGAGCCUGGCCUCGGAGGACACCAAAAAGAAGAGGGCUCAGAAACCGUCUCACAUGCGGAGAAACAUAAGAAAGCUAUUGCGUGAGGACCAACUAGAGGCCGUGACAAAGGCAGCCCAGCAGGAAGAGUUGGAGAGAAGGAAGCGGCUAGAGCAGCAACGGAAGGAUUACCCAGCCACUAUCCCAACCGUAUCCCCCGAGUUUCUUCCUGAGGACAUCAUUUUCAGAGCAGCAGAGGCUACCCAGCUCCCCCCUCAGGUCCUUGCUGAGGAAGUGAUCUGCCUAGACAGUACCAGCAGUGGCAGUGAAGAUGAUACUAAAGGAAAAAAUAGCAUUAAGGAUGAAGUGAUUGAGCUGAGUUCUGGGGAGGAUGAUGCCCUCCAAAUUGUGGACAGCAGUGACUCUGGAAACGAAGGGGAGGAAGAUGGCAGCGAAGAGAGCAGCGGCUCUCAUGUGAAUGAUGCCUUAAAUCAGUCAGAUGCUCUGGGGCAAGUCAUUGUCAACAUCAACCAUCCACCAAAUGAGGAAGACAUUUUCCUGGCUCCCCAGCUUGCACAUGCAGUAAAACCUCAUCAGAUUGGUGGGAUCCGAUUCCUGUAUGACAACUUGGUUGAGUCCUUGGAGAGAUUUAAAACCAGCAGUGGGUUUGGGUGUAUCUUAGCACAUAGCAUGGGCCUGGGCAAGACCAUACAGGUCAUCUCUUUCUUGGAUGUACUUUUUCGGCACACGGAGGCAAAGACUGUUCUUGCCAUUGUACCUGUGAAUACGCUCCAGAACUGGCUAGCAGAAUUCAACAUGUGGCUCCCAGCACCUGAAAACCUUCCUGCUGAUUAUAACUCCAAAGAGGUCCAGCCCCGCACCUUCAAAGUCCACAUCCUGAAUGAUGAACACAAGACAACAGCUGCACGUGCAAAGGUGGUGAACGACUGGGUGAUAGAGGGCGGUGUGCUGCUGAUGGGAUAUGAGAUGUACCGUCUCCUUUCUCUGAAGAAGUCCUUUGCCACUGGAAGGAAGAAGAAAACAAAGAAGCAGACUGGCCCUGUCAUUAUUGACUUGGACGAGGAAGACCGGCAGCAAGAGCUUCUGAAAGGGAUUGAGAAAGCUUUGUCUCGCCCUGGCCCGGAUGUGGUUAUUUGUGACGAGGGGCACCGCAUCAAGAACUGCCAUGCCAGCACCUCGCAGGCCCUGAAGAACAUCCGCUCCCGGCGGCGCGUGGUGCUGACCGGCUACCCGCUCCAGAACAACCUCAUUGAGUACUGGUGCAUGGUAGACUUUGUCCGACCCGACUUCCUAGGCUCGCGGCAGGAAUUCAGCAACAUGUUUGAACGCCCCAUCCUGAACGGGCAGUGUAUUGACAGCACCCCUCAAGACGUGCGUCUCAUGAGGUAUCGCAGCCAUGUCCUGCAUAGCCUGCUGGAGGGCUUCGUGCAGCGGCGGGGGCACAACGUGCUGAAGGUUCAGCUCCCCUCGAAGGAAGAACAUGUCAUUUUGGUCCGUCUGUCAAAGAUCCAGCGGGCCCUUUAUACAGAGUUCAUGAACCGGUUCCGAGAUGCAGGCAACAGUGGCUGGCUGGGACUGAACCCACUCAAAGCUUUCUGUGUCUGCUGUAAGAUCUGGAACCAUCCAGAUGUGUUGUAUGAAGCUCUGCAAAAGGAGAAUUUAGCAAACGAGCAGGACUUGGAUGUGGAUGACCUUGGCACAGCAAGCACUAAUUCCCGCUGCCAGCCUCAAGGAGUUAAAGUCAAAUCAGAGAGUAAUGCUUUGGCAUCACCAGUUGGAGAAGCCACCAACAGCAAGUUCCUCCAGAGUGUUGGCUUCAACCCCUUUCAGGAGAGAGCAAAUCAGGUUGUUACUUACGAGUGGGCCAAAGACAUCUUGUGUGAUUACCAGACAGGAGUCUUGGAAAACUCACCCAAAAUGGUGUUACUGUUCCACCUAGUUGAGGAGAGCGUGAAGCUUGGAGACAAGAUCUUGGUCUUCAGCCAGAGCCUUUCCACUUUGUCUGUCAUUGAAGAGUUUUUGGCAAAGAGACCAAUGCCAAGUCCUCCAGGCUCAGAUGGAGGAGUUCACAACUGGGUCCGAAACAUCAGCUAUUACAGACUGGAUGGCAGCACCUCUGCCUCAGAAAGGGAACGACUGAUUAACCAGUUCAAUGAUCCCAGUAACACUUCUGUUUGGCUCUUCCUUUUGUCCACACGUGCUGGGUGCUUGGGUGUGAACCUCAUUGGUGCAAACAGAGUGGUGGUGUUUGAUGCUUCUUGGAACCCGUGUCAUGACGCCCAGGCUGUGUGCAGAGUGUACCGCUACGGGCAGAAGAAGCCGUGCCACAUUUACAGGCUGGUGUCUGAUUACACCCUGGAGAAGAAGAUCUAUGACCGUCAGAUCUCCAAGCAGGGCAUGUCAGACCGGGUGGUGGAUGACCUGAACCCGGUGCUGAACUUUACCCGACGGGAGGUGGAGAACCUGCUGCAUUUUGUGGAAGAGGAAUCCGACCUUGCUCAGCUCUCCCUCAAUCCAAGCAAGAUGAAGGAGUCGGUUCUACAAUUAGCCUGUCUCAAGUAUCCUCACCUCAUCACCAAGGAGCCUUUUCAGCAUGAGUCACUGCUGAUUGACCGGAAGGAACACAAGCUGACCAAGGCAGAGAAGAAAGCAGCCAAGAAGAGCUACGAGGAGGAAAAGCGAGCAUCCGUCCCCUACACUCGGCCGUCCUACGCACAGUAUUACCCAGCCAGCGACCAGAGUCUGACGAGCAUCCCUGCCUUCAGCCAGAGGAACUGGCGACCAGCCCUGAAAGGCGAGGACAAGCCAGUGGCAAGUGUCCGCCCAGUUCAAUCCACUCCCAUUCCUAUGAUGCCUCGGCAUGUCCCCUUGGGCAGUGCAGGAUCAACCUCAAGUUCCAACCCUGCUGUCAACUUCCCCAUCAACUAUCUACAGCGAGCCGGUGUCCUUGUGCAGAAGAUUGUCACAACCACAGAUAUUGUGAUUCCGGGUACAAACACAUCCACUGAUGUACAGGCGAGAAUCAGCGCUGGCGAGAGCAUCCACAUCAUCCGAGGGACAAAAGGGACGUACAUCCGGACCAGUGAUGGGCGGAUUUUUGCUAUCCGGACCACUGGGAAGCCAAAGGGCAAUGAAGACCGUCGGACUGCUGCCUCAGGCUCCCAGAGCUCUUCACUGGAGUCGGCGAGCAAUGGCAGACACAGUGCCUCAUCCCCGCAGCUCCCCAGCGCGGAGGAGCUCACUCGGCCCAUAUCCCCCGACAGCCCCGAAAUCAUCAGCGAGCUGCAGCAGUACGCAGAGGCGGCGGCAGCCCGGGAGUCCCGGCACAGCUCCCCCAGCACCACCACAGCACAAGGCCACCCGUCCCGCACGGACAGCGCGCCCGGCCUGGCGGCUCGAGGAGCUGAGCAGCGCGCGGGGAUUCACUGCGUGGCCGCCUCCGUGUCUUCAGCCCUGCCGGCCACCAGCCAGCACGCCGAUGCCCACUCGGUGUUGGACUUAAGGGGCAACAAGCGCAAGUCGAGCUCGCCGUCGACUCCGGAGGAGCAAGCCCGCAGGCAGCAGAAGAAGCGGCAGCUGCCGUCGUCCGUGCAGCCGUACGAACACGGGUACCCCGUCUCCGGAGUUGAAAACCGAGGGGUUCUGAGCAAACUGCUGGACAACUUGUCUUUGGAUGCACCAUGGAAAUAAAAAUCAAACCCCCCCACAAAAGUAACAAAGCAAAUUAACUGAUGGUGUUCAUGCAAGUUCCUCCAAAGACGUGACAGUGCUGCGUUGUGAGUCAUGCCCUCCCGUGCUCUGUGUCCUCCUCGCGCGCAGCCCUGUGCCGCUGAUGGUUACGAGCGUGCCCCGCUGUCCUCCGUGCCCCCGCCAGGCUGCGGUUGCUGCUGGAUCUGGGGAUGGGUCGUAGCAAGGGGUGGCCCUGGUGGGGGGAGCGGGAGCGGAGCGUCACUCUGCAGCUGGGCCUGCUCCGGGACCCCGCGCUGAGACGAGGCCCCAGGGUGUCCCCGCUGGGCCCUGUGUCACUGCGGGUGGUGGCACUUGCGGGGACAGCUCUGCGGGCGGCCUCCCUGCGGCUCGCCGGGCGCCGGCCCCGCUUUAGGCACAGCGGGGUCCCCCCUUGACGAGGGUCUGUGUCCCCACGCCCAUCCGAGCCCUGCCCGGGGGGUGGCUGUCCUCCCCCCCGCCGGCACGGUGGGGUUAUCCAGGCUGUUCCAGAGUGGAGGGGCCCCUGUGAGCCCUGCAGCCCCGCUCCCAGGGGUCUCCCCACCCUGCACCCCCCCCUUAGCGCAUGGUUCUGCUGCAGGGCUCCUGGCCUGGCCCUGAGCAUGGAGUGGUUCUUUCCCACGUGGUUCAGCGCUCUCUUUGUUUUUGCUGCUGAUUUUCUGCCUCCCAACGACUGGUGGGAGCAGCGGGGCUGGGGGUGACGCUGGGAACAGCCCUGCAGGGCUCUGCCCUGGUUCUUCUAGGAAGAGCUGAGGAGGGGGGGGCGGAGUCCUGGGGGCAAGGUGGGCUCCGUUGGGCGCUGGGGGGCAGCUGCAGAUGCACACACAAAGCAGAAGGUCCCGGCGAGCAGAGGGGGGGGUUGGCUCGAAAUGAGGAUGGAUUUUGGCUUAAUGAGGGCAGCAAACAGCUGAACACCAGAACAUCGCUCUGGGUUAGGGGUCAAAAGGGGCGAGGACAGCAAUGGCUCCGCAGCCGGUGUUGCUCGUCGCGCUUGGGUGAAUUGUGUUCAUGCAGGGGAGGACCGGGGGAGGGCUGGGGGUGUGGGUCACCAGGGAACUUGGUCUGAUGCCGUGGGACGGUGGCUCCUGGAGCCGUGGAGGAUGCACUCCCUUCGCGGGGACGAUGGCACCGGCUCAGCUCGGGAGCCCAUGGCAGAGCCACGCGCGCACGGAGCCCGAGUGAAUCCGUCAAUAAGUCUCACUUUGGUUUUUCUGUUGUUACGGGGUUAUUCUUUUGGUUUUUUACUACCGCCUUAGUUUGUGGCUGGUCUGUUGUGGUUGGAAGGAGGAGCACCCGGCGGGGCGGGUGGGUCGGUGCCCCACGCAUGAUCUCGUGCUUCCCUCUGCUCUCUGUCCAACGGGGUGUGCUUGCCUGAGCUCCCGGAGCAGAGACUCGGAACAAUUUGUUGUUUAUAUGAUGUAUUUAUUUUUACUUGUGUUUCAUGUCAUUUUUUUUAAAAAUAAUAAAUUGUAAGUUGGUAUAA